AUGCGGUUGGCGAUCGCCUUGGGGCUGAGGAAAUCCGACUUCCCCAUGACGCCGAUCCCGUCCCGAUCCCGAUUCCGCUCCCGAGCCGGUGCCGCUCCGGAUCCCGCCUCCUCCGGAAAUGGCGGCGGCGCCCUGGAAGCGGAUCCCGGCGGGGCGGCGCAGGCGCGCUGCGGGCGCGCUGACCUUCAGCGGGGCUGUGGUGGAGGCGCCGCCAUGUUCGCCCGGGGCGCCGCGGUCGCGCUGGUCCAGCCGCAAUGGGGCCAAGUCAGGAAUAUGGCAACGCUAAAAGACAUCACCAGGCGUUUGAAGUCCAUCAAGAACAUCCAGAAGAUCACCAAGUCCAUGAAGAUGGUUUCUGCAGCCAAAUAUGCAAGAGCUGAGAGGGAGCUGAAGCCUGCGAGAGUCUAUGGAACAGGAGCUCUGUCUCUUUAUGAGAAAGCAGAAAUAAAGGCACCUGAGGACAAGAAGAAGCAUCUCCUUAUUGGUGUGUCCUCUGACCGAGGCUUGUGUGGUGCUAUCCAUACAUCCAUUGCUAAAACCUUGAAGAACGAAAUUACCAACCUCUCAAAUGCAGGGAAAGAGGUUAUGGUGGUUGGAGUAGGUGACAAGAUCAGAGGCCUGCUUCAAAGAACACACAGCAACUAUUUCCUGCUGACAUUCAAAGAAGUGGGACGGAGACCUCCAAGCUUUGGAGAUGCUUCAGUCAUUGCUUUAGAGCUGUUAAACUCUGGGUUUGAAUUUGAUGAAGGCUCUGUCAUCUACAAUCGGUUCAGGUCUGUCAUCUCUUACAAGACCGAUGAGAAACCAAUCUUUUCCUUUGAAACUGUGGCUAGUUCUGAGAGCCUAAGUAUCUAUGAUGAUAUUGAUGCUGAUGUGCUGAGAAAUUACCAGGAGUUCACACUAGCAAACAUUCUGUACUACUCCCUGAAAGAGUCCACCACCAGUGAGCAGAGUGCCAGAAUGACUGCCAUGGACAAUGCCAGCAAGAAUGCUUCCGAGAUGAUUGACAAGCUGACCUUGACGUUCAACCGCACCCGUCAAGCCGUCAUCACCAAGGAGCUUAUUGAGAUCAUCUCUGGUGCUGCUGCUCUGGAUUAAUCGGGAAAAGCGGUUCAGCCGUAUCCAAGAGGUGAAGAGGAGCUCUUCUGAGCAUAUGUGGUUUAGCCUGCCUGUGUCUGUGUUAACAAGACUGGUCUGUUAUCUUGUGAAGAAGUGGAAAAGCCCCAGAAAUCUGUAAAUUCUUACAAUAAACCACCUCCAUGAAACAGAUCCUUUUGGUUGUCUGUGGAGAAAAUG